GUCUGUUCCUCGACCCAUAUUCAUAACCAGUUCAUCUUUCAACUUGAAUUCUACAGCAGAUCGUUCACCAUGGGAAGUGUCGCCACCCAGUUACCUGUUGAGGUCCCUUCAGCGGACCGCGUCGAACCAGGUUCAUUCCGACUUCAAACUGCCAAUCUCCCCACAGUACCAACAUCCAAACCAACAGAUGUCGACAGCAUAGCAUCAACCUGGGUCAAUUCCUUCAAUAAGGUGUUGACAGUUCCCGAGCUAGCCACAAUUCCACAACUCUUUCUCGAAGAAUCCUACUGGCGAGAUCAACUCUGCCUUUCCUGGGACUUCCACACCCUAAAAGGACCCGAGAAGAUUAUUUCGCUAUUGCAGCAAUCCAAGAAUGGCUGCCGUAUCAAGUCCCUCACUCUUGACCAGAGUUCCAAAGAUCGGUAUCCCAAGGCUUCUGUGAUGGAUAGUGAUGGCAAGGUGCACACUGUUCAAGCAUUCUUAACUGUUGAGACCGACAUCGGACGUGGCUCGGGUGUUGUACGACUUGUUCAAGAUCAUGGAGCUUGGAAAGUGUUUACGCUUUAUACGUUCCUGAGGGAGUUGAAGGAGCAUGAGGAGCAGGUAGGUGGGAGGAGGCCCAACGGGGUUGCACACGGAGAACAUCUAUCCCGGAAGAAUUGGCUUGAUCGCAGGAAAGCAGAGGAAAACUUCGAGAACUGCGAGGAGCCUAUAGUACUUAUACUUGGCGCUGGACAAGCCGGGCUUUCCAUUGCAGCCAGGCUCAAAAUGCUGGGCACCAAAUCGUUGAUCGUCGACCGAGAGGAGCGAAUUGGAGAUAAUUGGCGGUCUCGGUACCAUCAGCUGGUCCUGCAUGAUCCCGUCUGGUUUGACCACCUUCCAUAUCUCCCAUUUCCGGAGAGUUGGCCUGUAUUUACGCCGAAGGAUAAACUCGGGGAUUGGUUUGAAUCUUACGUGAAGCUUCUGGAACUUAAUGUUUGGACUCAGACGACCAUCACGGGUUCAUCUUGGGACGCCAUAGCUGGGAAGUGGACAGUCACUCUGGACCGCCUGCAUGACGGCAAGAAGGAGACCCGCGUAUUUCACCCAAAGCACAUAAUUCAAGCCACAGGCCACAGCGGCGAACCCAACUUCCCCUCCAACCUCAAAGGCCUCUCCUCCUUCGCCGGAACCCGCCUAGUCCACUCCUCGCAAUUCACAGGCGCCGUCCCCUCCAAAGACCAAAAUAAACGCGCCAUAGUCGUCGGCUGCUGCAACUCCGGGCACGACAUCGCCCAAGAUUUCUACGAGAACGGCUACUCCGUAACUCUCAUCCAGCGCUCCUCGACUUUCGUCGUAUCCGCGGAGACAAACCUCCAUCACAUGUCUGCACUGUACGGAGAAGGCGGUCCUCCUACUGAAGAUGCAGAUAUGGUGUUCUUUAGUAUUCCGAAUGCGGUUGCGAAGAGGUUGAAUAUUGCUAUGACGAGGGUUCAGAAUAAGACUGAUGAGAAGAUUCUGCGGGGUCUGGAGAAGGCGGGGUUCAAGAUCGAUAAGGGCCCGGACGGAAGUGGGCUGUGGAUUAAGUAUCUUACUCGCGGUGGAGGAUAUUAUCUUGAUGUUGGAUGCAGCCAGCUCAUCGCUGAUAACAAGAUCAAAGUCAAGCAAGGAUGCGAGAUCGCUGAGGUUCUUCCUAAUGGACUUCUCUUCUCUGAUGGAGAGACGCUGGAAGCUGAUGAGAUUGUGUUUGCUACCGGGUAUCUCAAUAUGCGAACUCAGUGUAGAAAAAUCUUUGGUGAUGAGGUUGCGGAUAGGGUUAAGGAUGUGUGGGGAUUUGAUGAGGAGGGUGAGAUUAGGACGAUGUGGCGCAAGACUGGGCACCCGGGCUUUUGGUUCAUGGGUGGGAAUUUGGCCUUGUGUAGGUGGUAUUCUAGGUUGCUUGCUUUGCAGAUCAAAGGGUUGGAGGAGGGGCUUUGUUCUUACGAAGACUUGUAGAGGCGAGGUUAUAUGCAUGUGAUUUGGGACGAUAUCUAUACACUGAAAUAAGGGAAAUGCAAUGACGGGUAGUCUCCAAAGCAAGACUUGCGUAUUUGCUUAGAUUUAUAUUCCAAAGUUUGUCAUGAAAUAUAAG